UACGAGUUCACGGUGAUGCCAUUCGGCCUCACCAACGCACCCGCUACCUUCCAGAGGGCGAUGAACGACAUCUUCAGGGACAUCCUGGAGCAGUAUAUUCUCGUCUACCUCGACGAUAUCCUGGUCUAUAGUCGUACCCUUGAGGAGCACCUUAGACACCUCCGCGACGUCCUUGACCGCUUGCGCAGACAUGGCUUCUACGCCAAGCUAAGCAAGUGCCGCUUUGCUCAGCACAAAGUGGAUUUCUUAGGACACUACGUGUCUGACCAGGGUUUACACAUGGACGACGCGAAAAUCACUGCUAUUGCAGAGUGGCCCGCUCCCACAUCCGCCAAGCAGCUUCGCAGCUUCCUAGGCCUGACCAUCUACUAUAGUAACUUCAUCCGGGGAUACGUUAGGUAUUCCUACGUCCUUACCUCCACCCUCCUCCGGAAGAACCCACCCUGGGCUUGGACACCCCUCCACGAGGACGCCUUCCGCGCCCUCAAGAAGGCGGUGACAUGCGCACCGGUUCUUCACCUACCCGAUUUUGACCGCCCUUUUAUCCUKACCACCGAUGCGUCAGACUUCGCUGUAGGAGCAGUGCUUUCUCAGGUCUUCCCCUCAUCCUCGUAUCGCUUCCCACCACCUACCCCUACCACUGCUUCCCGACUGACGCCUACUCGUCCAGCUACUGACGAGCCUUCUAUUGACUAUUCUCCUACCAUCGCCGAGGACGGCACUGUCGAGUCUCGCUCAGGUGAUUGUCCGAUAGCCUUCUACUCCCGCCAGCUCCUGCCCGCCGAGAUAAAGUACACUGUUGAUGAACGUGAGGUUCUCGCAGUAGUUUAUGCCGCCCGGCACUGGCGCCACUACCUGCAUGGGGCACCAUUCACGGUUCGCACGGACAACUCUGUUGUCCAGGCUUUUCUGACAAAGYCGAAGCUCACUCCUCGACAGGCUCGCUGGUGGCGCGACCUAUCCGAGUUUAGUUUCACCACUGAGCACAUCAAGGGUGAGACUAAUCGGGUCGCCGAUGCCCUAUCCCGGCGCCCUGACCACGACCAGGAGCACAUCCAGCUCUCUUCCAUCUCGGUCAGCACCGUCCACCACUCGGUGAUCGACGAGUUUCGCACUCAGUACCGCCACUGCCCUGACUAUCGCGACAUCCAUGCGACCCUUCGGAGUGGCAAGACCGUCCCGAACUACUCUCUCGGGGACAACAGUCUUGUGUACUGGCACAGUUCACAGGGCACCAGAGAGCCCAGUAUUUGUGUUCCCUCCACUGGACAGCUACGUGUCCGAGCAGUAGCAGAGUUCAUGACCAGGCAGCUGCCGGUCAUAUGGGCUUCCACAAGACGUUGGCUCGUGUGAGCCGCCUGUACGUCUAGCCGAAGCGCAAGGACUUU